AACUUCUACAAUGGACCGAUCCAAUUAGUUGUUAUUGAAGUUUAGAGCAAUUCUCAUAUGUUAAUAGUCCAAUGUGUACUGACCAGUAAUCAAAGUUGCCUCCCUAAAAUUUGGCUAACAUGCAAUACCAAAUGUGGAAAGCAUGAAAUAUCAUGUUACCUUAUUACCUCCAUCCAAAUAAAAAGGUGCAAGAUUUUCAACACUGUCAUUACUCACAAGUCACAGCUAGCAAUUUAUAAUAAUAUCCUUGUUCUUUUAUGUCCAUUCUGCCUUAAUCUUUUUGGUCCUAUCCUUCUCUUUCUCUCUCCCUCUACUUAAUUUCAAUCACCAACUCAUUCUAUCUUCUUCUACUAUACUCAUUAAUUAAGAAUUUUUCUCUCGUCUUGUUUGUGACAGUACAAGUGUUCCAUAUUUUUCUAUGUACAUGAGAUUGCCUAAAAAAGGUAUCAUUUAAAGACCAUAAGCUAAUAAAAGACAACAUUGUUAAGACAUGUCUAUGUUGGAUCUCAACGUUGACAUAAUCGAUGAAACAUCAGAUUAUUCCUCAAACAAUUCUUCUCCUUUAAUUUGUGACCUGUUGAAGAAAGAAAAAGAUGUCUCAGAUAUAAUCACGAGGACCCUUUUCCCUGUGAGUGCUGAUAGAGGAGGUAGAGUAUCUGAUUCCAUGACUCAAAAUGGACUUAAAAUCUUGCAACAAAAGAAACCUCAAGUUAGAAAAAGUAGGAGAGGACCAAGGUCUCGCAGUUCACAGUAUAGGGGUGUUACCUUAUACCGUAGGACUGGUAGAUGGGAAUCACAUAUUUGGGAUUGUGGGAAGCAGGUCUAUUUGGGUGGAUUUGACACUUCUCAUGCUGCUGCAAGAGCAUAUGAUAGAGCUGCUAUUAGGUUUAGGGGAGUUGAUGCUGAUAUAAACUUUAUUUUCAGUGAUUAUGAGGAGGAUUUGAAGCAGAUGAAAGGUUUGAGUAAGGAAGAAUUUGUACUAAGAGUUCGUAGACAAACUAAUGGAAUCUCAAAGAGAAAUUCAACAUUCAGAAGUGCAUUAGUUCUUCACAAAUGUGAUCUACGAGUUAGACCUUUUGUUGGCAAAACAUUUUGUCAUAAGCCACCCAUAAAGCGUGAUCAUGAAGUAGAAACCAGUUGUAAUCCCUCUACUACUUAUAAGGGAGGGAUAAAUGCAAAUUCUAACAAAACAGGCAAUUUACAUAAUCUUGAUUUGAGUCUUGGGAUUUCACCAUCUUCCAAACAACUGAUUAAUAAUGAUUCUGGAGGUUGGUUUCCCUUUGGAUGGACGACUUGUAUGAUACCCAACGAAAGGAUACAAUGAAAUGGGAAGAUGGAGAAGAUGUUGAAGUGGAAGAAGAAGAUGAAUAGAACACUAAUUUGAAGAAGAAAGGAAAAACAAUCAAUGCCAUGUAGCUAAUUUGAAGAAGAACGAAGACAAAAACAAUCAAUACCAUGUAGGCAAUUUGAAGAAGAAGGAAGACGAAAAUAAUCAAUAUCAUGCAUACAAAUUUAACAGAAAUAAUCAACUUCAUUAAUUCAACUAAAAUUGAGAGAUUAAAAUAAAACAAAAAAAUAGUUAUAAGAUUAAAGUGAAACUACAAAAUAAAAAAAUCAAAUAUGUAAUUUAUCUUACCUUUAAGUUUAUCGGCCUUGUUAUUUAAGCAUGUUAAUUUGCUGUUACUUUUUAACGUAGAGUUACAUAAUUCGCUGGUAUAUCGUACGAACUGCGAAUUGAUUCGUGAAUACCGGUAUACGGUACUUUUGUGAAUCAGUUCAUUGAAAUUCGUCAAUAAUUCGCUACUUUUGACAAAUCAACAAUAUAACACCACUUUUAAUUUA